AACACUGUGAGUCUGUUCAUUGCGCAUACGCCGUGUUAACAUGUGGUAGGUACACCCACAUUACGCAUUCGCACCGUUUGCUCAUGGAGCUGGCGCUUUGCUAGAUAAGAAUCGGGCCGAAACAAAGUCAUUAGUCCAGUUAACGUGGCCUGACUAAACAAGCUAAUUUCCCAGUUGCCAAAUGUCGGCGAUUUUCGGUCAGUUAUUUUGAAUGAGUCCAAUCAUCCAAGCAUUAAACAAUGUGGCCUUUGCAAAGUUUAACUUUAUUUUUAUGUUUAGGAGCUCUUCAAGUUUAUAGUAUCAGACUGCGGCUUGAGCAGUUUUAUGUCAAAUCUUUUGUACCAGAUGAUAUAUUCGCGGAGUAUGACAUCGUCGACUAUGAGAAAAUCAAUGUGAACCUCACAGUUCAAGUUCCCUUUCCUGGCAAACUGCUCAUGCACAUUUUCGUAAGGAAGCUCUCGGAUGAAGUGGGUGGUUCGAACCACUUCGAUCUGAUUCGCAUGACGAACAUGGAUCUCUGCAAGCUCCUCGAUUCACUUCGCAAUAUCACAGUGGAGGAAAUACCGGGCGAAAGCCUCUUGCCCUCGACUUUUGUUGUCUCAUGUCCUUUGGUUCCCGGCUUCUAUUUCGUGGAGGAUAGCGUUAUUGAUUCCAAACUGGUUCCUUUCCGCAUUCCUGAUGGCAGAUACAUGGUACUUUUUGAGCUGAUACAAGUCUACGAGGAAGUCAUGAAGCUGAUUUCCUGCAGAAUCAAGUUUUCCAUUAAGACACCAACUGGAUACACGGAACCAACACUAUUUAAACAUACUAAAGAAAAUAAAGCGACUGAGAAGCCAGUGGAGAAAAACGAAGAAGCAAGUACGGAGGUUACUCAGUCGAAAGAGGAUAGUUCGGAAUUAUCAAACGAUUACGAAUAAUGUAAUUUUCGUAACUUAAAUUAUAUCAAAUAUAUUAUGCAUGGA